AUGUACCGCUCGACGCUGUUCUUCUCCGUUUUGCUCCUUUGUCUGAGCACGUCAUGGUGCCGAAGCCCCGAAAGAAAGCGAUCUUCACUGGCCCAGCCAACGGCGUGAGUUUCUAAAAUCAUUACCAUGAAGUAAGGCUACAGUAGACGUCUAGUCAGACGCAGAAUCACACCAUUUAUGUUCCUAUAUCAACACUGAUAUAAACUUAGCUUGCUUUUUGAAAAACUUCGAAAAAUUAAUGAAUUUCGGAAACUGAUUCUAAUAACUUCUGGAAAAAAAGUUUUUUUCUUAUGAAUAAGCGCUAACACGUGCUUACAAACAUAGACCUUGAAGGGAAAAACUUACUAAAAUUUAUUUAAAAAAGAUAGUGGUUAUUUUUCUUGACGGAAAAAUGGAGGAUUUAUCUGACGAUAUUUAUUGGAAUUCCGCCUUCCAUCUAAUCGUUUUUAAUCUCAUAUUUUGUGCUCGAAAGUUUUCAACAGCCCAUACGAGGCAGUAUUAGUAGAUCAAAAGUCGAAAAACAGACAUUUCAACGAAAUUUCUUAUCACAGUUAGAUUCGAGAAAAAAGCAGCUCUUGCUGUUUGGCAGAGCUUUUCUUGUUUUCGAAUUAUUUUCGAGAAGGAACACAUGUCCACCACGAGAUAAAGAAGCAGUUGCCGCGGUCAGAGUUCUCAUACAUUUCAGAAUCAAACUCACAAAGCAGACAACUUUGCGAGCCCAGCUUCUGGCUAGCGGAAAUCUCGAAGAAUAUGGCAGACACAUGCAGAACCAUCACAAGAAACUUCUGCACAAGUACGACUCGAACAAAUAUGAAUUUCAAGGAAACAACCGUCCUGUUGGUGAAAUCGAUGAACUUCUGAGAAACUUCAUGGAUGUCCGUUUUUAAUUUCCCUUUUAAAAAGAAUCUGUGAUCAAAAAAAAAAUUUAGGCCCAGUACUUCGGUACAAUUUCGAUCGGGACUCCUGCUCAAAACUUCACAGUUAUCUUUGACACUGGCUCCUCGAAUCUUUGGAUUCCAUCCAGAAAAUGCCCAUUCUACGAUAUUGCAUGCAGUGAGUUGGAAAUAAAAAGAAGCUACUUCAUUGUCUUCAUUUCCUUAUCAGGCGAUCAAGUGUUCAGAGCUGUCAUUUUUGUCACAGAAACCUUUGAACAAAAAGUAUUUACAGUGUUGCAUCACCGAUACGACUCGACAGCUUCGUCUUCCUACACAGAGGAUGGUCGUAAAAUGGCAAUUCAGUACGGUACUGGGUCAAUGAAAGGCUUCAUUUCGAAGGACACAGUCUGUGUGAGAAAUAUAUAUUAUUGAAUAGAAUAAGUCGACAUGAUUCUUCUCAAGGUUGCUGGAGUAUGUGCCAACCAGCAGGAGUUUGCGGAAGCCACCAGUGAGCCAGGACUGACUUUCAUCGCUGCUCGUUUUGAUGGAAUUUUGGGGAUGGCUUACCAAGAAAUCGCGGUUCUUGGUUGGUUUCUUUCCAAAUGACACAGAUCUGAUUCAGAGCUUUUGCAGGAGUGAAACCAGUCUUCAACACUCUUUUCGACCAAAAGAAAGUUCCUGAGCCGGUGUUCUCUUUCUGGCUCAAUCGGUAAUUAUUCAUAAUAAAUGCAGUGUUUGAAAGUGCGUAUUUAGCAACCCAGAGUCUGUCCUCGGAGGAGAAAUUACUUUCGGGGGAAAGGACGCCAGACGCUACAAAGAACCAAUUACCUGGGCUCCUGUCACUCGCAAAGGUUAUUGGCAGUUCAAGAUGGACAAGGUAGAUUUGGCGACUUUUCAAAAGUCAACUGAAAAACACAGAUUGUUGGAGCUUCUGGGGCUAACAUUUUGGGUUGCGCUAACGGCUGUCAAGCUAUUGCCGACACUGGAACAUCCCUUUUCGCAGGUCCAAAAGCUCAGGUCGAAAAGAUUCAGAACUUCAUUGGAGCUGAACCUUUGAUGAAGGGAGAGGUAAUCAAAUUGUGAGGAAUACCUUAGAUCGAGAGCUUUUCAGUACAUGGUGAGCUGUGACAAAGUUCCUACACUUCCUACUGUCUCCAUCGUCAUCGGCGGACAGCAGUUUGACCUUGAAGGACGCGACUACGUUUUGAAUGUGAGUUUUUAGACAGGAUCAUUAUUUUCUAAAAUGAAAUAUUCAGGUCACGACCGCUGGAAAAUCUAUCUGUCUUUCUGGAUUCAUGGGAAUCGAUCUCCCAGAAAGGGUCGGAGAGCUUUGGAUUCUAGGCGAUGUUUUCAUCGGACGGUAAACAUAUUUGAAGAAACAUUGGAUCAUAGUUUCCUGCAGCUAUUAUACCGUUUUCGAUUUCGGAACCGACAAAGUUGGAUUCGCUCAGGCUCGAGCCGAAGACGGAUUCGCGACUGGACCGCGUGUAAAGAAGUUCAAAGCAUACGUUAGUUCUCUUACGAUUUUUCUCAUUUCCAAUUUUUUUUUCAGAAAGAGGUCGAUGAUUCUGAUGACGAUGAUGACAAUGACGACGAAAAAUACAUUUUCGCAUUCUAA